AUGCAAAAUAUAUUUUACUCUGUAGAUGUGCCUGAAAUCCUUAAUAACGGAACGUCACUUGAUACUGAAGAUAACGACAUAGCACAUAUCACGUGCUCAUCACGUGCGGAUCCACCACCUGUCAUUCGAUGGGAGAAAAAAGGAGUAGAGGUCAAAGACAGAGAUGAAGGCGUAGCCAUUUUGUCAACAAGUAACUCUAGCCUAGAGGAAAGUCAUCUGUUUGUUGCUGUAACCAGUAAUGAAAGAAGAGGGGAAUAUAUUUGCAUCGCAACCAAUGAAAAAGGCAUCUCAAAGCAGGCUUUUCUAAUAACAGGUAUUUUACUUUUAAACCUGGGGACAAUUUAAUUAAACUUUUACAAGUGUAAUUUACCAUUGCAGUAGGCAUUGUUUUUAGAGUCUGAACUGACAAUAUACAUGUACUUGAGAUUUGUUUGGGUUGAGAUCUUAUUGGAAAUAACACAUUUCUUCUUUGAGUUAACAGUUCUUCGAUUGUUCACACAGGACAGUGCAAAUAUACCCUCUUUAGCACAAACCAAUGAAGAAAAGAGGAUCCCAAUUAUGGAGUUAACCGUUGGCUGUGAAAAGGCCAAAAGUUUGGACGUCGGUAAAAAGUGGAUAAAAAUUCAACCACCACUGGCAGUAGUUAGAAAAAAUUGGCCUUAAAAAUUAAAAUUUCCCUAGCCACAACUUUUUCGUUAGAGAUUGUGGAAAUUGCUUGCUACGACUUUACCGGCAUGUGUCUCGUGGUUGAUGAACCCUUUUUAAGCCACUACUCAUCCAAGAAAGGUCCUUAUAGAUCGUCCUCCAAUGUAAGGUAAUCCGGAUUAUAUACGGGAAAUUUUUGCUUGUAAAAUUCGGAAUCCUGGGCUUUGGAAUCCGGAAGCCAAGCUGCACUGACAAGGAAUCCAUAAUCCAGAACCUGGAAUCUGGAAUCUACAGCGUGGAAUCCAGAAUCCAAGACUGUCAUGAAAGUGACCUAGAAGCUUACCAACUGACCUUACUGAAAAAUGAGUUCCAACGACAUCAACAACAACCGUCAAAUAAUAAAGUCCGUCAACAGUAAAUUCCCCACUCAAAGAUUGAUACCCUAGUCGCCUUGUUUUCUUAGAAUAGGGGGAAUGAUGAUAAAUCAUAUUCAUUAAAUCUCUAUUUUCAGGAAAAUCGAAAGGACUUUCACGGGUGGACAUUGCUGCGAUAGGUAUCUCAGUUGGAAUUACUUUGUUUUUAUCACUGGCCAUCGGGUUUUUCUUGUGGCGAGGAACAAGGAAUAAAAACCUCGCGAAAAGGAGGGAGAGAAUAAGGACAAUAUCAGAGAAUUCAGCACAGGUGGGUUGA